AGAUUCUUUUAUCAAUGUUGUCUUCAUUCGAAUAUGCUCAUUUUUUCAACGUUUCCAGAUGUAUAAUUUAAAUGAAUAAUUUACAUAUAAAUUCUUCAUGCGUAAUGAAAUGAUAAUAUCGUAGUUGCAGGAUGAAAGAAACCGCUAAAAAAUAUUAAUAUGGUAGAAGAGAGAAACUAUGGAGAAAAAAAAAAAAAAAGAAAAAUUGGAACAAGGAAUAAUCAAUUUCGCAUUUCUCUGUUGCAAGAUACAAUGAGGCUAAUUGCAAGAUAUAUUAAAAUGGAAAUUUGAUCAAAUGAAAAAUGAACGUAUACAUAAUGCAAUAUUUCUGUUGUAUUCAAAACUUAAUUAAGACACAGUAUUAUAUACAAUAAUCAUAAGGGUAACUUUUUUGAUACAUCACUGAUUAAUCAAGUUUCUUAAGAAUAACGCUAGGAGACGCUUCGAUCAAUUCGGAUUAAGACGAUUCCCUUUAAUAAAAUAGGAUAUUGUCUAAUAUGAAAUAUUAAAAAAGUCAUAAAUAUUACGAGAAUAUAAACGUUUCGAAAAACGUUUGAUAGAUAAUUUGUAUUAUAAACUGUAAUGUAACGUAAUAGUUAUAGUUUCGAUAAAAUGAAUCCGAUUUAUAAAAAUAAUCAAAUCCCAUCAAAAAGAGGUUAUUAUUCCGAAAUUGUUACGGGUACGUUAGAAUGUCCUGUAAAUCCUGCAUUACAUCUUCUUCCUACUGUACCAAGAAGAUCUAAGCUCGUUUGGCAAAUAUUUACUGAACAACAUGGCGCAGUUAUAAAAAACCUUAUACCUAUAAAAUCGAAAUAUUUUCUGGGUGCAGCUGAAAGAUGGAUGACAUUUCCUGAAGAUAAAUCGAUCGUUUUUCCGGCUGAGACGUUUGCACCGAAAGUUCAAAUGGAACACAACGUGGAAUCUAAACGUUUACCACGAAAUGUAGAAAUGGAAAGGCGACGUAGAUUGUACAGAAAUCAAAGUUUGGAGGAAGCGUUAAAGAAUGAGGGAAUUUCACCUAGUAAUAUUUUACCGCCAAAAAUAAUCUCAUCGCUGUCGUCCAAAGAAGAUAAAUACGGGUUAUAUUCAAAAAUAAAUUAUUUGCCACUCGAAAUAUUUGACGACGAGGAAUUCGACUGUCGAACGUCGAGCGAUUGGAUAAAUUUAGGUUUCAUCGAUGGCGUUCGACAUCCGUUACCUGCUAUGUCAUUUGUAGAAAAAGUUACCAACGAACGUAAUUAUUUGUCUGAUGUACAAUUAAAUAAUUUAUAUGGAUGGCACCUUUCUGCAGUAAUUGAUUAUGAUAGCUACAAGAAAUUGUGGACUGUCUUGACAUUGGACGGUCAUAAAAGAACUUUUUUAUUACCUAGGAUAUAUAUCCGAUUUAUUGCUGAGGAUCCUAAAGUUUUUGCGCGACGGGUUGCAGCUGCAGUGAGAGAAAGACAAAAAGUCGAAACGAAUAUUAGAUAUAAUUUUUAUUUGGAUUGCAUGGAAGUGGAAGAUAUGCCUACGUUGAAUGAAAAAGAAAAGGAAACUAUUAUUCAGCUUUCUACAAGACAACAUGUUGUCCAAUACAAAAUUCGAAAUAUUAUCGCUUUAAUGAACGAAGUAGAGCGUGAUUAUCGUCGAACUAUGUGCGAUCUUAUGUGGAGAAAAGUGAUAGAGUAUUGUCCGAAUGUAUUUAAAUUUUUGCGAAUAGAAUUCUCUACGGACGAAUUCGUGGUACCACAAAUGGGAAAAGUUUCUACGGACAUGAAGAAUUUUAAAGAGAUUAAAGAUUACUUCCAUUGGUACACGCUGUACGUAUUGCCAGAGGUUUACGAAGCUAUGCGUUGUGUAGUUUACGAAUGUGCUUACGUAUCAGGCAUGAAUUUAUUCGUAUCGAAUUAUGGGAAGUCAAUCUCCUUAAACGAAUUCGAAACUGAACAAAAUCAAACUACGACGAUCGCGAUGAAAUAUCUAAAAGAACCAUGGUUAGAAAAAAUAACACAAUCGGUUAGAAUAUAUUUGAGGGAUGUAGGAAAAGGAUGGUUUAAUCUCGAUCAAAAGUUUGCUGAAAUAUAUAAAGUUAUGAAAUUGAAACGUCUUAUGGAUCUCAUCGUUUUCCAUAUGCAAAAUGCUUUGCGAAAUCUUGUAGAAAAUUCUGUUUCUUUGUACAUCGAAAUGUUAGAAAGUCCAGGACUUUGUAUACUUGAUAUUAAGGAUGAUUUUAUUUGGGGAGAUGAUUUAAUGCAGACUCAAUAUGAUUGUAUUGUUCCUCCUGUUUUUAAAGUAGAUCUUCUGAUGGAUAGUAACGGAGCAUAUUAUUCUACUAAGCUCGAAGCUUUCAAAGAAUCUAUCAUAUUUAUUUUUGAUAAUUCGUUGUCAUUGUGCCAUCAAAUAAGACAAGUACAUCCAUUUUUGCUUACUUUCCUUAAAUUUCCAGUAGACCUUUUUCUUAGUUCGGUCGGUCUGUAUAAUGAACGGAUAUGUGAUGUUAGAAAUCGUUUAUUAAAUAUAUACGAAAAGGCAGUCAUACCUUUAAAAGCUUAUGCCAAAGAAUAUUAUAAAUAUCUCGAAUUUUUCGAAAUGGACAUUGAAAAAUAUAUCGAGAACUUUAAAAACGAAGAACAUACGGCCGUCGAGAUUACGGAUGAAAUAUCAUUUCAUCGUAGAAUGAAAAAGAAUCUUGAAAAUACUUUACCAAAACAUAUUUUCAUCGGUCCUUUUAAUGUAAAUGUACAACCUUUGAAAGAAUUUUUAAUGACGAAGCGCGAAGAUUGUUCCACGCGAUUACUCAUUAUGUUCACGGACAAACUUCGUUCUACAAUUGAUGAAAUUUUGGACGAAUACACAGAAAUAAAUGCAAAGUUAAAAGAAGAAUCGAGGAACGUAGAACAUUUAUUUGAUAAAAAAGAAUGGGUGGAAACGAUUCCGUUGACAGUAAAGAAUAUUGAUGAAAACACGCAGAAAGUGAAAAUCGAAUUUGAUAUUCUAGAGCAUUUUCGCUGGAACUUAUCAGAUGAAGAUUUUCAUGCCAAAUGGGAAGCGAUUGGUUAUCCUUAUAAAAUAGAACAAUUGAUCGUUGAAACCGAGGAACGUUUUAUAGUAGAGCAGGAUAAAUUUUUGAAAAAUCAACUGCAAGAUGAGAUAAUGUUGCAAGAGAAAAUAGAUAUCCUUGUAGGAAACGUUGCUAAUAUUGCCUUACAAACGAAUAUUAAUAUGGUUCACGAGAUUGCUAUUGAUAUUAAAAGAAUUUGGAAAAUGAUGAAGGAAUGUCAAGAAACUGGAAUAAUGUUAAACGAGCGUCAAAAACUACUUGGACUUCCUGUUGUACCAUUCGAGAGUCUUACCAAACUUAUGAAAGAUUUCGAGCCAUAUCAAACGCUUUGGAUAACGGCAUCAGAUUGGUUGAAAUGGCAUGAAAUAUGGAUGGAAAAUCCCUUGAUAACAAUUGAUGGAUCCAAUAUCGACAAUUAUGUAAAUGAAAUGUACAAGGCAAUGUCCCGAAGCAUAAAGAUUUUCAAAGAAUUUCCAAAGGUUGCUGCUGUAGCCGAAUAUAUAAGGGAUCAGAUAGAAGACUUUAAGCCUUACGUAGGGAUGAUAGAAGCUCUUAGGAAUCCAGGCAUGAAACCUCGACAUUUCGAUGAACUCAGCAUUGUCACUGGCAUACAAAUGGCACUAACACCGACAUUGACAUUCAAGGAAUUGAUUCUUCUUGGUAUUAUGCAAUAUGAGGAAAUUGUAAUGACUGUUGCGGAUGAAGCAGAAAAAGAAUAUUCGAUAGAAGGGAUUUUGGAUAAAAUGAUCAGCGCCUGGGACACUAUAACAAUGGAUGUCAUUCCUUAUAAAAAUACAGGUACUUAUAUCAUGAAAAUUGCCGAUGAAACCUUAAUGCUCUUAGACGAUCAUAUUCUCAAUGCGCAACAAAUUAGUUUUAGUCCUUUUAAAGCUGUAUUUGAGGAUCGAUUCGAAGAAUGGGAUCAAAAAUUAAAAUUGACACAGGAAGUUAUAUUGUUAUGGAUAGAGGUACAAAAACAUUGGAUGUACUUGGAACCAAUCUUUUCGUCAGAAGAUAUUAGUCGACAAUUACCGGUGGAAACAAGAAAGUUUAAUACCAUGGAUCGUACUUGGAGACGGAUAAUGAAAACAGCACACGAAUGCCCUUAUAUAAUGAAAAUCUGUCCAGACAAAACGCUCUUAGAAAGUUUGAAGGAGUGUAUCAGCCUGUUAGAAGUCGUACAAAAGGGUUUGGCUGAUUACUUAGAAACCAAACGGAUGGUUUUUCCACGAUUUUUCUUCCUUAGCGACGAUGAAUUGCUCGAGAUAGUUGCUCAAACGAAAAAUGUGCAAGCCGUACAACCUCAUCUUAAAAAGUGUUUUGAAAAUAUGAGGGAAUUGAGAUUCGAAGAAGAUUUAGCUAUUACGAGAAUGUAUUCAGCGGAAUAUGAAGAAGUUGUGUUAAGACCACCAAUUUAUCCCGAAGGAAACGUUGAGAAUUGGUUAGGAUUGGUAGAAGAAGCUAUGCGUAAUACCUUAAGAGAAAUUAUCGGCGAAGCUCUUCAAAUUGUCGAGGAAACAAGUAGAAAGGAAUGGGUGUAUAUGUGGCCUGGUCAAGUCGUUCUUUGUGGUGGUCAAACUUAUUGGACAGCUCACGUCGAAGAUGCCAUAAAACGUGACGCACUGUGGACUUUUUAUGAAGUGAUGUUAUCGCAAUUGGAUGAUCUGCGGGAACUUAUAAGAGGUCCACAUACUGAAAUCCAGAGAUUAAUGCUCGAGGCUGUAAUUAUUAUCGAAGUACAUGCAAGAGAUGUUUUGUAUAAACUGAUUCAAGAAAAUGUAACAAAUGUUAACGAUUUUGAAUGGAUAUCACAGUUACGAUAUUAUUGGGUUGAUAACGAAUUAAAAGUUCGUGCGGUAAAUGCGGAGUUUUCGUAUGGUUACGAGUACUUAGGUAACAACGGUAGAUUGGUUAUCACUCCUUUAACGGAUCGAUGUUAUUUAACACUGACCGGUGCUCUUCACUUGAAAUUUGGCGGAGCACCUGCUGGACCAGCUGGAACUGGAAAAACUGAAACGACGAAAGAUUUAGCUAAAGCAUUUGCUAUUCAAUGUGUUGUGUUUAAUUGUUCCGAUCAGCUGGACUUUUUGUCUAUGGGAAAAUUUUUCAAAGGUCUUGCCAGCGCUGGAGCAUGGGCAUGCUUUGACGAAUUUAACAGAAUAGAUAUCGAAGUAUUAUCUGUAAUAGCACAACAAAUUAUGACUAUUCAAAAGGCUCAACAAAUUAGAGCUGAAGUAUUCACCUUCGAGGGAGUAGAAAUUACACUUAAACCUUCCUGUGCAAUUUUCAUCACGAUGAAUCCGGGUUACGCCGGUCGAACAGAAUUGCCUGAUAAUUUAAAAGCUCUUUUCCGUCCAGUGGCUAUGAUGGUGCCAAAUUAUGCUCUUAUCGCCGAGAUUUCUUUAUUCUCUUACGGAUUCUCCGAUGCUAAAACUCUGGCUGGAAAGAUAACAACUACUUUUAAAUUAAGUUCCGAGCAACUAAGUACUCAGGAUCAUUAUGAUUUUGGAAUGCGUGCUGUAAAGACUGUUAUAGCUGUAGCGGGUAAUCUGAAAAGAGAAUUGAAAGACGUUGAAGAACAACAAAUUUGUUUACGUGCUUUGAGAGAUGUCAACGUGCCGAAAUUUUUGAGCGAUGAUUUGAAAUUAUUCAACGGGAUUGUAUCUGACCUCUUUCCGCAAUUGACUGAAUUACCUGUAGACUAUGGAAUCCUUGAAGCGGAGAUCCGUAAAACUAUUUUAGAAAAGGGCUUAGAGAGUGUCGAUGAAUUUGUGAAGAAAAUUAUUCAGCUCUACGAGACUACUUUGGUACGUCACGGAUUGAUGUUAGUCGGACCAACUGGAUCUGGCAAAACAAAGAGAACAAUUCGAAUCAUGCUCUUUGUUGAAUUGGAAACAUUAAUUUUGAAGAAAGAAGUAUAAAAGAAGCGGUUAAUACGUUGAUAUGUUACACUUACCUCGGAGAAUUGAGAAUAAUAAAAACAGUACUAAUCAAUAAGAGCAUUUUUGUAAUACUCUGUUGAUUUCUAGUUGAUACGAGAUUCCGUGAAGAUGAUCGUACAUCUGCAAGGCUAACAAAGUUUUACUCACGUAUACAUCGAGCCGCUAUUUCGGGUAGUUGGCAAGCAUUUCUUGGUGUAGAUGGUGGUACUGCGAUCGAUGUAGGCUGAUGCCUUGAAUUUUGAGAAUG